GCGGGACGCACGCGCGUGCCCGAGGUGCUGCGGCCGGAGAAUGGCCGUCUGCGGGCAGCGGGCACUUGGCGUUGGGCCCGCGUGUGAAGCCCGGGAUGACAGGAGCCGGCGGCGCUAAGUGUGCGGGACGCACGCGCGUGCCCGAGACACGAUGCGACGAGUUGUGCGGCAGAGCAAGUUCCGGCAUGUCUUUGGACAGGCGGUGAAAAACGACCAAUGCUAUGAUGACAUCCGAGUCUCCCGAGUGACCUGGGACAGUUCCUUUUGUGCUGUCAACCCCAGAUUUGUUGCCAUCAUCAUAGAAGCGAGUGGGGGAGGAGCCUUCCUGGUGCUUCCUCUGCACAAGACGGGGCGAAUUGACAAAUCCUAUCCUACGGUAUGUGGCCACACUGGGCCAGUGCUGGACAUAGACUGGUGUCCACAUAACGACCAGGUUAUUGCCAGCGGUUCAGAGGAUUGCACUGUUAUGGUUUGGCAGAUCCCAGAAAAUGGACUGACCCUUUCCCUGACUGAACCUGUGGUGAUUUUAGAAGGUCAUUCAAAGCGAGUUGGCAUCGUUGCCUGGCAUCCGACGGCCCGCAAUGUGCUUCUUAGUGCAGGCUGUGACAACGCCAUUAUCAUCUGGAAUGUGGGGACAGGGGAAGCCCUCAUCAAUUUGGACGACAUGCAUUCAGACAUGAUUUACAAUGUGAGCUGGAACCGCAAUGGCAGCCUCAUCUGCACAGCGUCCAAAGACAAGAAAGUGAGAGUCAUUGAUCCCAGGAAACAGGAGAUCGUGGCGGAGAAGGAAAAAGCACACGAAGGAGCCAGGCCCAUGCGUGCCAUCUUCCUGGCCGACGGCAACGUCUUCACUACUGGCUUUAGCCGCAUGAGUGAGCGGCAGUUGGCACUCUGGAACCCGAAAAACAUGCAGGAACCGAUCGCUCUUCAUGAGAUGGACACUAGCAAUGGGGUGCUGCUGCCUUUCUACGACCCAGACACCAGUAUCAUUUACUUGUGUGGAAAGGGUGACAGUAGUAUCCGCUAUUUUGAAAUCACGGACGAAUCCCCGUAUGUCCACUACCUCAACACAUUCAGCAGCAAGGAACCUCAACGAGGGAUGGGCUACAUGUCUAAGCGGGGACUUGAUGUCAACAAAUGUGAGAUUGCUAGGUUCUUCAAGCUUCAUGAGAGAAAGUGUGAACCUAUCAUCAUGACUGUCCCCAGGAAGUCUGACCUCUUCCAAGAUGACCUGUACCCUGACACAGCGGGGCCGGAAGCUGCGCUGGAAGCAGAGGAGUGGUUUGAGGGGAAGAAUGCAGACCCGAUUCUCAUCUCCUUGAAGCAUGGGUACAUUCCAGGCAAGAACAGGGAUCUCAAGGUGGUCAAGAAGAACAUUCUGGACAGCAAGCCAGCUGCAAAUAAGAAGUGCGAUCUCAUCAGUGCUCCCAAGAAGACCACAGACACAACCAGUGUGCAAAACGAAGCCAAAUUGGAUGAGAUUUUAAAAGAGAUCAAAUCCAUAAAAGACACAAUCUGCAAUCAAGACGAGCGCAUUUCGAAGUUAGAGCAGCAGCUGGCAAAGAUGGUGGUCUGAGGCCUGCCCACCUCCACAGU